GAGCACCAACAAAGAUUUUCACUACAGAUUGAGCUGACCUUGGAUAAACUUGAGGAUAUUGAGUAGAAUGAAGAUGAGUGCUGAAGAAUGUUCUAUAAUAGAGAACAGCUCCUUGCAUCUGGAGAGAGGACAACCAGAUAAUUCUACCAGCCCUCAUUCUGCAAGACAUCGUGAAGGAUACCUUCAGGUUGCUGUUCCAUGUGCUGUGGUGAAUGUGGUCAUCAUCACUGUUUUAAUCAUGACUCUCAUUGCCUUAACAGUGGGUCAAUACAAUUGUACAAGGCACCAUACAUCCUUAGAAUCAUCAAAGAGUCAUGUCUCUACAUGCACAGAUGAUUGGAUUGGCUAUCAGAGGAAAUGUUACUUUUUCUCCACUAAAAAAAGGAGUUGGAGCUUGGCUCAAAAUGAAUGUUCUGCUCAUGGUGCUACUCUUGCUCUCAUUCAUUCUGAAAAAGACCUGAUAUUUUUAAAACGGUAUGUGGGUGGAGAUAAACACUGGAUUGGACUGAAAAAUGAAACUGAUCAGAUGUGGAAAUGGUCAGAUGGCAGAAAGUUUGACAGCUGGUUCAACAUUACAGGAGCUGGGAAGUGUACAUUUCUGACUAGCAGUGAAGUCAGCAGUACAGACUGUGAGAAGAGUAUGCACUGGAUUUGCAGCAAGCACUCCAGCUAAUGAGGAAACAUAUUUGCAUAUAAAAUUAUAUCUUGGAAUGCAAGAUAAUUUGUAUUGAUAGAUGCUGCUCAGUAGUUAGAAUUUUCUACAAGGUCUUUGUGGAAAGAAAAAAAAACUUUCUCUGGUUUUGGAAAAGUCCCAACAAAUAUGACUGUGGACAAAAAGGAGAACAAUUCAGAAUUAUCUGCAUUUUGUGGUAUUCUCAUUGUGGAAUAUUCUAGCCUUCAGCUGAAAAUGUCAUAGGUUGACUGAUCAAUAUGUCCAGGAAUGAAAAGAAUGGCUUUAAACCUUAAGGAUGCACUUUAUAUCUUUAGAAAUCCAGAAACAAUAGAGUAACUGGAUUUAGGGUUAUUAUUUAUUAUGAUUGACUAUAAACAAUAAGUGUUCUUCAUGUGUUUGGACUAUUAGAAGGAAUUAGCCAGUGGUUUUACAAACUGAAUGUAAGCAAAGGAAAUUUCAACUGGUGGCAACUAUUCGGUCUAAAUUCACUUUUAAGCUCAGAGAACUAUAUAUAGAAGUUGGCAGAUGCUUAUGAAGCCAAAUCUUGCAAUAUUUUUAAUUUAUUUCUUUUUAGAGAAGUUUACCAAGGUACUUGGACAUUUUUCCUCUAGUCUGUUAUUUAUAUGUUUGUUUAACCUUUUCAGUGUAGUCUGGUCUUUUUCAAUGGUAUAUACAGUUUGUUACUAUUAAAACCUAAUAUACAGUGUCUUACAGAGAUAAAGACAAAAGCAAAGGAUAUGAAUAAUGUUUGUAAAGUGUUGGAAAUGUGCCAUAUGUGAUGUAAAAAUUCCUUAUUUAGAAGAAGUCUCUUGUUCAGAUCUUGAGUAAUUCUAAUUGCUCUGAUUAUAAGUGUGUGCCUUUCCUAAUCAAUUAUAUCUUGUGCAACACUUCCAUGAAGAAUUUUAUCAGUGCAAUAAAUUGUGUUUUCCUUUUGUAUUGGUGAAAUUAUAAGCUGUUCAUCUGUAAGUUAAAAUAAAAGUAGAAUAA